GGAGGAGUCCACACGGGGCUGAGGGCGCUAAAGAUGGCGGCUGCGGAGGGGAAGGGAGAGCUGGAAAGAGAAGAUGUAAAAGAGAGAGCUAGACUCCGCCUGACGGAGUUCGAUGUUGGAAACAAAUUCUCCCUCUUGCCGCUGCCCAAAGCGUCUGUCCUGCUGCCGCUGCUGGUGCGGGAGGGGAAGCUGCACUUGCUGCUCACUGUCAGGUCCAUGCAGACGUGCUCCAAUCAGCUGCCUGUAUUCAGAGAUCAUUUGCUUGUACGUUUUUCUGUUGCUGAAAAAUGGAAAGCUAAGAAGAUCACCAGGGGAAGUGUGUUUUCCAGGAGGUAAAAGUGAAGAAACUGAUAAAGAUGAAAUUGAUACUGCUCUCCGAGAAGCUAAAGAAGAAGUAGGACUCCAGCCAGAGAAGGUGGAAGUCAUCUGUAGGCUUGUGCCUGGAAUUGAUAAAAUGAAUCACUUGGUGACUCCAGUUGUAGGAUUUAUCGAGGAUACAUUCCAGGCCACUCCUAAUCCAGCUGAAGUGAGCCAUGUUUUUGUUGUGCCAUUGGAGUACUUUGUCAAACCCUUACAUUACAAAGCCUUGCCUUUUAAAACCUCCUCUGGUUACUUAAGUCGGAUGCACUGCUUUACAUACAACAACCGUGAACAUCAAAUGUCAUUCAGGAUAUGGGGACUUACUGCACACUUUGCUGUCUUUCUUGCUCUUGUAAUUUUUGGAAAGAGACCAACUUUUGAAGUUGAUUAUGAUCUUGACAACUUAGUUUCAUCUUCUGAGAAUAACUUCUUGAAUUUAUAUGCAUCCAUGUAUGAAAAAAAGAAGAGUAAUCUAUGACAAACUGGUCUGGCAAUUAAUUUAUAUUGUAAGAAGAAAAAGAUUUCUGUUUAUUCCCUUUGUACUUACUAUUUGUUUGAAUUUUUCAUUUUAUUUUCUUCUGAAUUGUGAAUUUAUUAAAAUUUAUUUUAAAAUCAUAUUUUGUGGUUGACAAGCACUAACGAGAUCCAUAUACUUUUGAACCUGUUUUAGCAUCCCCAAAAGCACAUGGUAUUUUCCAUGGACAUAAUGUGAACUGUUGGAAAAUCUGUUCCAGUUUCUGCUUGUGUUUUGUGUGAUCUCAGACACUUUCUGUGGUUUGUCUUCUGUAUAAGGAGAUAAUACUUUUUUAUCUAAUUUUUCCCUGAUUGAAUUAGAAUGUGAGAACUUCUGAGGGUCUGUCUCUUCCUGUAUGGCAUACUACCUGUGGACAACAUCAUGCAUAUGGUCAUGCAUCUUUAAGCACUUAUGAAAUGCACAGUAAAAAUAUCACAAUCUU